AUGUCGCUGAUUCCCUACGCCCCGGCUGAGUCGCGGGAGAUUGUGCUUGACGCGGAGGAACAUACUGCGCCUGGCAUACCUACCGAAAAUGGCUUCGUCAAUCCCGCAUACUUCCAAAUGCUGCGCCGGAGUCAGCCAGGAUCAACAGAGGGAUCACGACCCUCAUCGCCACAUAAACAACUCGCGCCUGCCCCUUUGCGCAUGGGUAGCUUCGACCCGCCACCAGGUUCUGAGUUUGUGGGAAGCACACCGACUCAGCCAGCUAGAAGCCAGGGUAUAUCUGCCAGAGCCUUCAGUCCCAACUACUUCAAGGACUUCUUCAUAGAAGAGCGGGAGCUGGGCAGAGGAGGCAAGGGUGUGGUCUUGCUGGUGCAGCAUAUCCUAGACGGCGUGCACCUGGGCAAGUUCGCUUGCAAGCGCGUGCCAGUCGGCGACGAUCACGAAUGGUUGGAGAAAGUCUUGAUCGAAGUGCAACUACUGCAGACCCUGUCGCACGAGAACCUGGUAUCAUACCGGCAUGUAUGGCUGGAGGACUACCAGAUAUCCAGCUUUGGCCCAAGUGUACCGUGCGCGUUCAUACUGCAACAGUACUGCAAUGCUGGCGAUCUCCACGACUAUAUUCUAGACUCUAUGAAGACAUCUGUAACCAAGGAGCAGAUGAAGGAGCGACUCAGGAGGAGGUCCAAGGGCCAGCUGGAAGAUCCAGAGGACGUGCAUGGACCGCGUCGGAUGCACUUCGAAGAGAUCAUAUCCUUCUUCAAAGACAUCACAUCCGGGUUGAGUCACCUUCAUGCCAACGGCUACAUACAUCGAGACCUGAAGCCUAGCAACUGCUUGCUCCAUCGUACUGGCCGCAAGAUCAAAGUUCUAGUUAGCGAUUUCGGCGAAGUGCAGUCUGCGAACACAGCGAGAAAUUCGACAGGAGCAACUGGAACCAUCUCAUACUGCGCCCCCGAAGUGCUUCGUCAAGAGCGACCUGGAGGUGCUUUUGGCAAUUUCACAACCAAGUCUGACAUCUUUUCGCUCGGUAUGAUCGUCUACUUCAUGUGUUUUGCACGACUGCCAUACCGAAACGCGGACGGUAUCGAUGAGGACAACGAGGACCUAGAUCAGCUGAGGGCGGAGAUCUCGACUUGGGCUGGUAUCGACGACGAACAGCGGGUUCGCUCAGACUUGCCUGAAAAGCUAUACAGAUCGCUGAAGACGCUCCUCGCCAUCAACCCCGAUGAACGCCCAGGUGCAGAGGAAAUCCUGAAUGUCCUGAAAUCACCACUGGUAUUCGACGAGUACAACGCAUAUGCAGGCCCAUCGGGUCUCGACGAGUUCAGUCCUCGUAUAUCGCGAGCCGACACGCCCAGCCCGUCACCUAACCAAGGUAACAAAAAGCGUACUUCGAUCAACUACACACGGCCAGGUCGAUCGCAUCUCAGCGCAACUGUCAUGGACCGCUCGCCUAGUCCGCCACGUCCGCAGCCGAUGAGGAGGCAGUCUUCUGAGGACGGGGCGGUGAUCUUGCGGAGGAAAUUGGAGUUUCCGCCGCCCCCUUCUGGAGGGAGAACGCCAUCACCGCAGCGUCUCAUGCUCCCUCCACCACCGCCUGCGAGUGCAUCAUCAAGACUGUACAGACUGUCAAGGAACCCCGCUACCAUUAGUACUACCAAGACUUUGCUGUUCUGCGCAAAGGCUUAUAGUUUGCUGUCGCCUUGUCAGCCGUUUGCGGCGGACCCACGCGUCCUGUAUCCGUUGUUCGACUCGAAUCCCACGCAGCGCUCGGGCUUCGGCACCAACACGUCUCAGUUCUUUGACGACCCGGACAUUCUCAUGUCCACACAGCACAACAUUGGCGAAGACACAAACACACUUCCAGCAUACCCGCACAUUCGGUCAACAGCCAAGAAGAUGAACACCUGGGCUCCAUUCCGCUCCCAGCAGGUCCAGCCGGACACAUCCAUGGUAAACAAGGAGUUCGGCGACUUUGACCACAGUAUAUCCGACGAGGAAAGCAUGGCCGUCGAACAGGCACGAGGUAACCGCAGCAACCGCGGUACUCCCAGCAAGAUGAGCUCUCAGUUUAACAGCCUUUACGACAUCACACCCCCCACCAACCGGUCGCGCAAGUCAUACCAGGCAGAGACUGGUAGCCUUCGACGCGACGCGGCGAUCCGACGCGCCUCACGCAACGACCUCGAUACUGCAUCGCCGCGUCCUUCAAGCAAGCGCAACUCCCCCGCCCUCUCUACAAAGGAAGACCGCAAGCGUACUUCUCUCGCACAGCUGCACGCGAAGCUCUCGGAAGACGAGUCAUCGUUCAUGGAGCACCGGCCACCAACACUGACCAUGGACUCGGCCAAGAACACGCGCUGGGGCAACAGGAGCCGACAGACCUCCCUCCAAACUGACGGCAACGUCGACCAGCCGCAAUCAAAAGCUACAUCCCGCUCCAGGCCGGCUACAGCACAGAACGCGACUGCGCAAUCUUUUAUUCUGCCCGACAUCCCCAACCUUACCGAGCUUGUCUCUGGCGUCUUCGACGAUGGCACACCAGUCUUUUCCAAGACCGCACCCUCAAGAUCACGCUUCGCUGCUCCUCCAUACGGUGGUCGCCGACCAUCGCAUAUCCCAAUCGAUGGUGCGCCGAUACCCGACGAAGAGAAGGCCAUCUUCGCUGCCCUCCAGCAGCUACAGGAGAAGAUUGCAGAUAUGGAGCGUGAGCGUGAGGAGAAGGACAAGAAGAUGGAUGAGCAGGAACUGGAGUUGAUCGAGCUGAGAGCGACUACUCAAGCUCAAGAGAAACUGCGACGAAGCGACAGCGCGCAGGACUCUGAUGCGGGCGGAAAGAGCGGCUGGAAGGUCGAGAAGACGCGUCUUGACGCGACAGUACAAACCCUCCGAACCAAGCUUGAUCGCGCCGACCGCAAAUUUGCCGUACUCGAAAUCGAGAAGAAACGCCUAAGCACCGAGCGCGACAACAUGGCGAACCAGCUUGGGGUUGCCUUCCAGACCUGCGAAGAACUUAAGACCGAGAAGAACGCUUUGAGCCACGAGAACGAGCAGCUCCGCCAGGAGAUUGACAACCUUCGCGAACAACUCGAACAAGACCAGUCACACCACCGCGAAGAGACAACUCAGCUUCGUCAGCAGUUCGACCAAGCCGCGAAUGCAACCCAGAGGGAGAACGCCAACCUACAUGCCGAGUUGGCUCGCGUACGCGCUCAACAGGACGAGAACACCCAGCAGUUGACUCGUAGGGACAUGGAACUGCGAAAGGCGCGUCAAGAGCAUGCUGAGUAUGCUCGUUUGAAGUCCGACCACGAGUCGCUCAAGGCUCAAUUGGCAGAAUUCAAGGCGAAGCGCGAAGAGGAGGCUCAGCGCUGGUCUCGUCAAGAAGCUUCGUUGCGAGCUCAGGUUGGCCGACGCGACGACACCAUCCGACACUUCGAGGAUAUGACACAGGAGCGUACCAACGAAGCCAUGCGUCUGGACAAUGAGAACCUUCGAAACGAGCUUCGCGAAUUGCAAGCCCAGCAAGAUGAGGAGAACGAGGAGUGGGCCAGGAAGGAGGCAGAGUUGCAGCGAAAGAUUCGCCAGCGUGAGAAUGCUCGAAAGGCUAGGGACAGCGAACAGCACCUUGACGAUACCACCGGCCCCGUUUCAAGAACUAGGGAUACGGACCACAUCUUUGAAGACACCCUGCAACGCAAGCCUAGCUAUCGCCGCGAAGACACACGUACGCGCAUCAGGAACCGUGUCCAGCAGGAAGUCCGCAACAGCAAGGUCGCUGGAGUACCAAACCAAGAGAGCCCGCGGAAGUCGUUCACUGGACAUUCGCGAUUCUCAACCCGUAGCGUGUCGGCUCCUGUUCCUGCUGACAAGCACGCCCGCGCCGAGAGUGAUGUGGAGUCGACGACCGAUCUGUCUCUUGCGCCUCGCGCAACUCUUCGCAUCUCACGAAACCCCACUUUGACGAGGCAGACCACGACCGUUCAGCCUCCUGCUGACCUAAGUCUGACAGAGUUGAGCUUCUUCCCCCAGGAGGAGAUUGCUAGGCUUCGACGAUCUCUGGAAGAACAGCGAGCUGCUGAGCGCCAUGGUGCUUCAUCUGCUAGAACUGAGGAGCCAGUGCGCGAGGAUACCGUUCGAUCGCAGCGCCAGACUCGUGAAGACACUGUCAGGUCAGUCGCUUCCGCUAAGAGCGAGCGACGGCCCUCCCUUGUGCGCAAAUCAUCGCUCAAGGAUACCACUCAGCGCACCACCAACACUCAUUUCGAGGAAGACACUGGCAAUAUGUCGAACUUGGACGCCGACGCUGAAGCCACCCAAACAAAGCAAUCGGCCAUCGACGCGUCCAUGCUCAGCAACACCAGCCGCAGACGCCGCAGCGCUCCCACCGAAAUGACAUCCGCCUUCAUCCUCCCCGACAUCAAGCUCAGCACCGCAAACCAAACCACUACCUCCCGCAAACCCAUCACCAAAGACCACGACAACGACAACUGCACCGUCUGCCGCCGCGAAGGCUACACCACAGCCACCGGUCCCCUCCGCGUCCCCAAACUCGUCUCUGUAUCCACGCGCACAGCCGACGAACCCGACGCAACCCUCCGCCCAGCACAAUCCCCGCGCGAAGCCCUCGCCCUCGUCGUCAAAGGCCUAAAAGACGAACGCGUCCACCUCUGGGCCGAGCUCGCCGUUCAAGGCGCCCUCCUCGAGCAGCACGACCCCAGCUUGGGUAAGCGCCGCCGCGACGCCCUCAACGCCUCGAUCCAAGACCUGCACCGCCGCCUCGAAUGGCUAGACAUGCAGAUCUACCGCCUCCACGACGUGCUCGAAGGCCAAAAAGCUGAUGAGCUCACCGAAGCGGAAUUUGACGACCUUACACAAGAAGUUCUUGUCCAACAGUCUGAACAAGAGCAAGACGAUGCAAACACGGAGAAAUCGGUGCCUACUGGUGGAAAGAAGAAGGCGAAGAAAGUUACGAUUCGCAGCUUUGUUGAUGAGGAUGAGGAUGAGAGUGUGGAGCUGAGGCGGAGCACCGCGCAACAGGAUCACGGGGCGGAGGAGAGUGGGGAUGAGACGCAUGAACUUCCUUGGGAAGGGUUUGGUGAGGAGAGUAUGGAGGGAGAUGUUAGUUUUAAUGCGUUGGAGGGGUGGAGGGCGAGUGUGCAUUGA